UGCGCGUGCGCUUCACCCCGGCACUGCGGGGAAAGAAACAGAUGUGCUGGAGCAGAACAGUUGCGCAGUGCGCAGGUGCGAUCUGACCGCAUACAAAGGGAGAGAGCCGAACGCAGCAGCUCUCUUCUAGACUUGGGGAGGUUGUAGCCCGUAGGGACUAUAACUCCCAGGGCUUAGAGGAUGGCGCGUUGCAUGCUGGGCGAUGUAGUGUUUGGGAUGACACAGCGUGUGUACGUGCCGCGUUACUGGGCGGAGCUCUGAAGGCGACUCGCUCAGCUGGGGGCCGAGAAGACCGUUUCCUAGUUGGUUAGCAACAGGCUCCCAAACUGCUUGAGGUCAGGAGGAGAAGGGGAGCCGCGGCUAGAGGCCAGGGCCUGAGCGGGCGUCGCCUCACGGUGUGAGACGUGGACCCUGCCCCUAUGCGGGAGGCCCGGGAGGAGUCCGACCUGGAACGGUAUCAGAGAAGCCUUCGAGACCGUGCUAGUAAAAGUAUCCAUCAACUGAAAUAUGUCUUGGGGGAAGAAGAUCCCACAGUGGGAGAAAGUGAAGUUGCAUUUGAGCAGUCCUCCACAAGUAAUGAUGAGAGUGGGGAAACAGCCUGGCAGGAACUGCAACACAGUCAUGCAGUUAAUCAGCUUAAAGCUUUAUUGCGAGAGCAAGGAGGACUAGAAAGUGAAGUAUCUCCAUCAAGGAGGAGGAAGAUGUCAUCCUCAAGAACUUCAAAUGCUGCAGAUCAGAAUUUGCCUACUCUUUGUGAUCUUGUUCCGAUCAUUAAUGAUCAGUCCCAGUACAUUCACCACUUAGAAGCUGAAGUGAAGUUUUGCAAGGAGGAGUUGUCUGGGAUGAAAGAUCGGAUACGAGUAGUUGUGCUGGAAAAUGAGAAACUCCACGAGGAAAUGAAAUCUCUAACUGUAGAGCAGACGUUGAGAGAACAAACUCUUUUGGAUGCUUCAGCAAAUGCUCGGAACUCCUGGACUGUAGGAGGUGAUGACUCUUAUUUAUGUCAACCUGUGAAGUCCUCACCAUCACAUAAUAAAGAACAGGUCUUGGCCACAACAGCCACUGCAGAAACAGAAAAAUGGCAGUUAGAAUUGGAGAAACUAAAACUUCUUUAUCAAGAAAGGACUGAUACACUUGAAGCUCAAGUACGGUCUCUAAGGAAAGACUUAUCUGAAUCUGAGAAGAAUUGUGAAGAUCUAAAAGGAAGAUUAAAGCACCAAGAUUCACUUAUUGCAACAACUAAUUCCAACAGGGUUGGUGGUCUUUGUCUGAAAUGCGCACAACAUGAGGCUGUUCUUUCUCAGACUCAUUCCAAUGUCCACAUGCAGACCAUUGAAAGGCUAACAAAAGAAAGAGAUGACUUAAUGGGUGCACUUGUUUCAGUAAGAAGGAACCUGAGUGAGAUGCAACAAAGGGAAUCUAGUGCUUAUGAACAAGUGAAACAAGCUGUGCAAAUGACAGAAGAAGCCAAUUUAGAAAAAAUGAAGGCUCUAGUCCAGUGUGAACAGCUGAAAAGUGAGAUGGAAAGACAGAAGGAUCGCCUUGAAAGGGAGCUAAUUGCCCAGCUAGAUAAGAGGACUGGUGAAAAAGAAGCCCUGCGAGGAGAAAUGAAGAAAGAAAGAGAGGACUUGGCAUCAACGGUGAUGGUUUUGUCUCAGAAUGUGGCGACACUGGAGGCUCGUUUAGAGAAAAUUACGAGAGAGAAGAACUCAAUAGCUAACCAGCUAGAGGAAGCCCAAAACCAACUUACCUCUCAGGAGAUGGAAGUUAAUAAGGUGUGUGGAGAAAUGCGUUUUCAGUUGAAUCAAACCAAAAUCAAGAAGGAUGAGGCAGAAAAGAAGCACAGAGAGUACAGAACAAAAACUGUAAGGGAGCUUGAAAUUAAGGACCAGGAAAUAGAGAAAUUGGGAUUAGAGCUGAAUGAAAACAAACUGCGUUUGGAACAAGCACAGCAGGAUGCAGCAAGAGCCAAAGAUGAGUGCCUAAAACUGACAGAACUGCUGGGUAAAUCUGAGCACCAACUGUACCUCACCAGACUGGAGAAAGAAAGUAUUCAGCACAGUCUUAGCAAUGAAGCAAGGACCCGAGCCCUUCAGGCGGAGCAAAGAGAGCAGGAGCUGACACAGAAGAUGCAGCAAAUGGAGGCCCAGCAUGAUAAAACUGUGAAUGAACUGGAUUCUUUGCUGACCUCCCAGAAUACAUUCAUAGCAAAAUUAAAGGAGGAAUGUUGUACGCUGGCAAGGAAGCUGGAACAUGUAACAGAAAAAAACAGGUCUGAAGUCAGCCAACUUAGUCAGGAAAAUGAGUAUGUUUAUGACAGACUGGAGAAGAUGCAGAAAAGAAAUGAUGAAUUGGAAGAACAGUGUAUCCAGCAUGGGAGAAUGCAUGAGAGAAUGAAGCUGAGGUUACACCAGCUUGACAAGCAUUGCCAAACCACUGCCCAGCAGCUAGUGGAGUUACUCAACAAACAGAAUCAGCUCUUCAGAGAGAGGCAGAUGCUAACAGAGGAGGUGCAGUUCCUGCGAACACAGGUACCAUGCCAAUACUGGGAACAAGAGAAAAGAAAAUCCUAGGGAAAUAUUCUGCAGCCAUCAAGAAUGAUAAAGACUUUGCUAAACAAUCUUGUUUUAAGGUGGUUUUCUUUCUUGAUGCAUAAUCUUCAGAGUCCAGAACUAACUCGUUGAUCCAGAGGGAUGGCAGGGCAGUUGUACCCACACCCUGAUUAAACCUACACUAAAUUAAGAAAAUACUGUGAGGUGCAUCUAAGCAGACCAAUACCAUUUGUGCCAGUAACUCCUAUCAGAAAUCUUUGUUUCAUCCUUCAUGUCAGAUGAUAUAGUAGGCAACAGAAAAUUCUUUAACACCAUUAGCAUGUAGUAUUGAAAUGUAAUCAUUUUGAAAACUGUAGUUUUAGGGUGCUACACCUGCCACUGAGUCCCUCACCCUCUGGUUGUGGUUUUGCAAUCUCAUUUCCCUGUUUUAAAAAAGUUUUUGCCUCCCUUGUCGCAAUGCGAAAACCCCACCCAAACCGACUGUACAGAGGAACCAGGGAACUCUCAGUGGGGAUCUGUAUGGGCACAGCAGUCCACCCUACCACAAGAAGUGGCAGAGUUAAGGCCUUGCUUCUGUAGGGGGGCAGUCUGCAAGCUACUGUUAAAAGUAACAUUUUUCAGACACUGAUUUUUAAGUUGGAUGCUGCCCCUUUAAUCAUUCACUACUUUGGAAAGGAGGAAGAGAAUCAUGACUUUUUAAACUGUAACUGAACUGCUGAAUUAAACAGUCUCCAAAUCUAGCACAUAAUUAAGCCUUUGUUUCUGUGACUAAGUAAAUUAACUGAUUCGACCGUAUCACUGUGAUACCAAGCCAUCUGGCUCAUGAACAAAGCAAGUUUCUGGGUUCAUACAUGAAAUUUGGACUCUCAUUAAUGUGAACAGGACCAAUAUAGUACCAAACUGCAGUGUGAAAGGAGAAUCAAUGUUUAAUGCUAAACUACUUUUUGGUGAACAGCAGCAUGAUUAAGAGUAUGCAUGGCAAAUAUCAGGAUGCUUUAACCUAGAACUAAAUAAAAAACACAUCAUAGUGACUACAGGGAAAAGUGGUCUUUUUAAUGCUGCCUAGAGUACCCGAGUUACCAAUUUUCCCUAUGUCUAGAAUAAAAACUGUGUUACCUCCCAUUUACGGUAUCUGUGGGCAAAUGUCAUGGCAAUCACUGUGUUCCAUGUUUAAGCUCUUUAGAAGCUGAAGAAUGUUGCAUUAAGGACUCUGAGAUGUGGCAGAUUUUCAGUUAAAUCAGAUAGUCAUGGUUGUGUACUGCUGCCCACCUUCUAGAUGUGCUGCUAACUAAAUUGAAUAUUGUUACCACUGAAAGUCAGCUUUACAGUUGUAAAGGAUGCAUUUGUUAAAACAGGGAACGUGGGCUGCAGUCAAGGCUUUUUACCACCAACACCUAGCAGUCUGGCCUGAUUUUUUAAAUUGUGCACCGUGCUCUUUGAGCUAAAUUUAUUGUUGCGUGUUUUAUUUGCAAAUUUGAAUAUGUGCAACUGAAAUGUCACUUAUCCAAAUAGAGCCAUGAAGCUCAGACAUGGAUGCUGAUGGGGACAAGGUAGGAACCUGGAUGGAUAGGAGAAAUGAGGACUAGUCACUAAAACUUUAAUGCAGAUUUUUACAUAGAUAAGGUUUUAGGUAGAGAAUAAGACAUUUGUCUUCUGGUCUGACAUGAGGAUUGAAGGCUGCUCCCUAUGAUGAUUAUUCAAAUCUAUAUGUGAUCCUAUAACAGAAACUGCUUUUUUCUUCAAAAUUGUAGCAAUUGCUGCAUUUAAUAUUGAAAUGAAUAGGAGAAGAUAUCUGAAAACAAAGAACAGGUUUACAUUAGGGCUGUCAAUCACAGUUAACAUCACAUGAGUAACUCAAAUUAAUCAGGAUUAAAAAAAUUAAUUGCACUGUUAAACAGAACAUCAAUUGAAACUUAAUAUUUUUUGAUUUUCAAAUAUCAAUUUCAGAUACAACACAGAAUACAAAUUGCACAGUGCUCAUCUUAUAUUUGUACCAUAAAAAUGAUAAUAGUAUUUUUCAGUUCACCUCAUACAAGUACUAAAGUGCAAUUUCAAAUGUAGGUUUUUUUGGUUACAUGACUGCAUGCAAAAACAAAACAAUGUAAAACUUUCGAGCCGACAAGUCCACUCAGUCCUACUUCUUGUUCAGCUAAUCACUAAGAAAAACAAGUUUGUUUACAUUUACAGGAGAUAAUGCUGCCCUCCUUUAAUUUACAAUUACCAGAAAGUGAGACCGGACAUUUGCAUGGCACUUUUGUAGCUGGCAUUGCAAGGUACUUACGUGCCAGAUAUGCUAAUCAUUCAUAUCCCUCUUCAUGCUCCAGCCACUAUUCCAGAGGACAUGUUUCCAUGCUUAUGAUGCUUGUUAAAAAAAAAAAAGUGUUAAUUAAAUUUGUGACUAAACUCCUUGGGGGAGAAUGGUAUGUCUCCUGCUCUUUUUUACCUGCAUUCUGCCAUAUAUAUUUCAUGUUGUAGCAGUCUGAUGAUGAUCCAGCACGUGGUGUUCGUUUUAAGAACACUUUCACUGCAAAUGUGACAAAAUGCAAAGAAGAGACCAAUGUGAGAUUUCUAAAAAGAUAAUUACAGCACUUGAUUUAAGAAUCUGAAGUGCCUUCCAAAAUCUGAGAGGGAUGAGGUGUGGAGCAUGCUUUCAGACAUUUUAAAAGAGCAACACUGAUGUGGAAACUACAGAACCUGAAACACCAAAAAAGAAAAUCAACCUUCUCCUGGUGGCAUCUGCCUCAGAUGAUUAAAGUGUACAUGAGUUGGUCUGCACUGCUUUGGAUCGUUAUCAUGCAGAAUCCAUCAUCAGCAUGGACACGUCUUCUGGAAUGGUGGGUGAAGCAUCAAGGGACAUAUGAAUCUUUACUGCAUCUGACAUGUAAAUAUCUUGCAAUGCCAGCUACAACAGUGCCAUGAGAACACCUGUUCUCACUUUCAGGUGACAUUGUAAACAAGAAGCAGGUAGCAUUAUCUUCUGCGAACUUAAACAAACCUGUUUGUAACAUUUUAGAGCCUACAAGGCCAAUCACUCAGACAUUGUUUUGUUUUUGAAUGCAGGGUUUUUUGGUACAUAAUUCUACAUUUGUAAAUUCAACUUUCACAAUAGAGAGAUUGCACUACAGUACUUGUAUGAAGUGAAUUGAAAAAUACUAUUUCGUUUUUACAGUGCAAAUAUUUGUAAUAAAAAAUAUAAAGUGAGCACUGUAGGUAUUCGGUGUAAUUGAAAUCAAUAUAUUUUUUGGAUGUUUUCUACAUUUUCAAAUAUUUAAAUAAAUGGUAUUCUAUUAACAGCACAAUUAAUCAUUAAUUUUUUUAAUCACUUGACAGCCUUAGUUUACAUGUAAUUUGACAUGGAAAUCAUCUCACCCUUUGCAUUAUUGGUACCAGUGUGACCACGCUGUCCAAGCUACAGGUAUUCAUAUUCCCACGUCCACACUACUUUUUGUGCUGAAAAUUCAAUCCAACAUUUUAAUGCAGUUACACGAGUGGGGAAAACAAAAACUGAAUAGUACAUUUAGCAUCUGUAUUUGGUAUUUGCCUUAAGAGACAAGUUAAUUCUAUUACACUCUAACCCCAUGUUAGUAUUCCCCCUAUUCUUAGCAUUCAAGGGCCACAAAAGUGUCUAGACUGUUCUGAAAAUCUUUUCAGCUGAAAUGUUCUUACAUUUGCUGGACAAGUUCUUGUGAUUUUACCAAUUUAACAAAAAGGCCAGUCCUUCCAGUUUUUCAGCUACCACAAGGAACAAGACUUGAGGGCUCUUAGCACUUUCUACAACAUGUUAAACACAUGAUUGGUACUAUCACAAGUGAAAAGAGGUUUUAAUUUCUGGAGAAAGUGGUCACAAAUAAUAUUAGCUGUUGCCUUAUGACUGAAGGUGUCACCGUAUUAUUUUAUUUGCUCACAAAGUUGUAAUGAAGGUUCUGGGAGUUUUGAGUUAGAAAUAAUCAUUUUGAAAAUAUUUGUCCCACAGCCCACCAGAGAAUUUUAAAUCCUCAAUCCCCUCUGUCUAACACAGGUUGAAUGUAAUUAGCAACGGACCUUCUAAUUUCCCUUUUCUGAUCGGAAUUUAUUUCUUCCUCUCAUGAAACUCAAAGCAUGUUCUUUGCACUUGUCUCUCUCAUAGCUGCAAAUGGGUUAAAUAUGGUCAAUUGCUUGGUACACCACCCACUGUUUAAGAUGCUUGCAGGCCAUGAUCGUCAUUGACAGAUUUAAGGCCAGAAGGGACGAUUAUGAUAAUCUGGUCUGAUAUAACCAGGGCUUUGGAGCUGUGCUCUGGCUCCGCUCCAGCUCCACUGCUCCGGAGCUGCUCUGUGCUUCAGCUCCGGGCUCUGCUCCAAAGCCCUGGAUAUAACAAACUAUAGAACCGCAGCCCGUAAUUUCUGUUUGAACUAUACCAUAUUUUUUUAGAAAUAAACUGCUUCAAAACAAGGCGCCCAAGAUUAGGGUCCAAAGGCCCUAUUUACAACCUACCUAAGUGGCCGGAUUUCAAAAAGUGCUGAGUACUUAUGAAAGGCCAUUAAAGUAGGUACCUAAUCAUGGCAUUUAAGCUCCCACUUUUGAAAGUCUGGCUUCUGCUGUUAACUCCUGUUGCUCCCAAAUCAGGAGAGCGAGCAAUAAUGCUGAGCUUCCUCCAUACCCAACUAUCAGAGAGAGAAUCUGUUUUGCUCCCACCCGAGUUAUGCUAUAUAAAGGUUUAAUAAUAUACAGUAUAUAAACAGUUUGAUUGCGAUAGACCCCUCUUUGACAUAGUUCCUGGUACUGUAUUGAGGGGCGCAUACACUAUUCUCUCCCCUCAACUGCCUUAAUAGACUGCUUGUUUACCAGAUUAUUGGCUUCCCUAAAUGGGCCACGUCUUGUUACAUAGCAGAAUUCUCUUUGCUUAAUCCAGUGCCCUCUGAAUUCUGGGAGCAACUCAAGUCCUACUUACCUUAUACAUUUCAAUAAAAGCUUCAGUCAUCUAAAGAUAGAAUAGCUGUAAGAACAUUAGAAAUUUAAAUGGCCUUUUUCUCAAUUUACAUGAAACAUCUUAUUCAGAGUUUCAUUCUAGAUAGUUAAUGAUGGUCCAGUGAACAGUAUUUGAGCUGGGAUAGCGAAAUGCAAGUGUUUACAUACACACACUAGCUAUGAAGAGCAGAAAAGUUGCAAAUUGCAAACCUUCCCACCAGAGGUUUCUUAACAGAACAGAAGCAGCUUCCUGUUUUGAUACAGCAGCCCACACUAUCUACAGUCUGAACAAUUCACAGUAAAUAGUCUCUGGCACAAACCUGCCACCUUUUUCCUGGAAAGGAGAAGGGGCAGCACCUUAGACGUGCCCUAAAACAAGAGCUCUUACUUACUGGUAAACAUGAACAAUGACUAGAGCUCCUGGAGAUCUUGUUUUUCAGGGAUCAGAUGGCUCUGUUCUUACUACCUGUAAGAUUUUUGAUCUUGAAAAAAGCCAAGGACAGCAGGUCCACAGGAAGUUUAACUUUGAAAAUUUGUUUACAUAGCAUUACCACAUUCGUAACAACUGAUGAACUUCAUUUCUGAGAACUUAAGCACAGGAAGAAGAGUUACAAACAAAUUAGAAAUGCAAGUAACUAUGCAACACAAGUUAUUUAUAAUCCCAUAUUUUAUUUUUAUC